AUGGAGAGUAGCCACGCAGUCGACUACGAAAUUUAUUCGUAUAAUAUGAGUGGCAAUUAUUCAGGUUUUGAGCUCAUGCCGUCGUUUGACGAUUAUGCGCUAGCGAAAGUGAUCGUCUGCUGUUUCAUGAUUUUCUUCUCGACGGUUGGUAAUGUUGCUACGUUUAUCACUUUAUAUCGUAUACGUCGACGGAAGUCUACAGUAAAUAUGCUGAUACUGCACCUGGCCAUUGCAGACUUAACCGUCACGUACACCCUAAUGCUGUCCAACGCCAUAUGGUAUGGCACGGUCAGAUGGCUUGGUGGGAACUUUAUGUGUAAAAUCGUCAAGUUUCUAGUGAUGUUCGGGCUAUACAUGUCAACUUUUAUCAUGGUCGCCAUCAGUGUCGACCGGUACAUAGCCAUUAUUCACCCGUUGAGUCGUAAUCAGGGUCCACAGCGAGUGAAAAUAAUGAUCAUGGUAGCAUAUGCCUUCAGUGCGCUGUUUAGUCUACCACAGGUUCUAAUUUUUAGAGUGGUGAAAGGCGCGCCUGAUUUUGAUCAGUGUUUGGCUGAUGGACUGUACAAAGAAGUCUGGCAGGAGCAACUUUACACGAUGCUUGUUUUCCUUGUUAUGUAUGCGUUCCCACUCGUAAUCAUGAUCAGUGCAUACCUCGCAAUAUUCAUACUUAUUAACAAGAAAUCGAAUGAAAAAGAUGAUAUAGACAAGCUUUCUCAAAUUCGUCAUACCAGAUCCCUACUAUUCCUGAAAGCCAAAGUACGGACACUGCGCAUGACAAUGUUAAUCGUGAUGACAUUCAUCAUCAACUGGACGCCCUACUACGCCAUGAUCAUAUGGUACAUGUUCUUUGACUGGGACGUUAUACCACAUGAGAUGUUCGAGAUAGCCUGGCUGUUCGGCAUGUCUAACUCAGCGUUCAAUCCCGUUGUCUAUGGUAUAUCAAACCUUCGUUUCUGUGGGAAAAGAAAAACGUACAGCAUACGCUCCUAUAACUUUGAAAAAAAAUGUUCGUCUUCACCCGCCUACACUAGCUCGAGCAACAAAUGUACGAAAACGCCGUCAUCUGUAUUGGCAACAACUCGCCGAAUGUCGUACAUGCAUGCACAGAAGGUGAAUUAUUUUUCCCGGGACAGAAACUAA